GAGAGAGCGGCCCCCAAGGCGACGACGGGGACGGAGCGAAGGCCCGGUUAGUGUCCCUCCCGCACCGCGCGCAAGGACAGCCACGGACGCCUCUGCAUCGCCGCGGCGUCGAACCCGGGACCUCCUGCGAAGGGGACGUCUCGUGCGACGAAAAAACAGACGCGCGGGCAGGAGGCGGGGAGGUGUGGCGAGACGCAUGGCGUCGCGACGCUGAGGCGGCGAGAUGCGGCCGGGGGCGGCGCGGACUCUGCGCGUCCUGGCCGUGGCCGCCCUCCACGCGGCGAUCGCCGGCGCCGACUUCCGCACCACGCACGAGCUCAUCAAGCAGCACGGCUACCCGGUGGAGAUGCACCAGGUGGUCACGGAGGACGGCUACGUCCUGAACAUGCACCGCAUCCCGCACAGCGGCAGACAGCCAGCCCAUGUCGACGACGAAGAAGAACUGCUCCAGUACCUCGACGGUGGCGGCUUGCGCGAUGAGAGGGGGGAGCAGCGAGAGGCGAAACGGUCCGCAGAUGAGGACGAGGACGACGACGACAAGGAAGCGCCCAUGAGGAGGCUCAGCAUCCACGAGUACGUGGACCCGUGCCGGGGAGAGAGCCAGCACCGGUCGCCGAUGGAGCAGCAGCUUUGGGCGCCGACGGAUAAGGAGACUUCCAGAACGGCCGACAGGAAUUCCCGGACAGCCGACGGGAGUUCCCGGACAGCCGACGGGAGUUCCCGGAAAGCCGACGGGAGAUCCCGGACAGCCGACGGGAGUUCCCGGACAGCCGACGUGAGUUCCCGGACAGCCGACGUGAGUUCCCGGACAGCCGACGGGAGUUCCCAGAAAGAUUAUGGGAAUUCCGUGUCUGCAGAGGGUAAAACCAGGACCACCUAUGUGAAUUACGAGUUUCCAAAGAGGAAUUCCAGGACAGCCAACGGGAAUUCUGCGUUUGCAGAUGAGAAUUCCAGGACAGCCAGGGUGAAGGUCAAGACGACGACGGCGGGGACCGCCGGGAAGGACGGGCGUCGCAUCAGAUCGAAAGAGGGUAAAUGGAUGAUAAACGAGGGUAGCAUCAGGACAGUGGAGAGGAGUGUCAGUGUCAAUGGGAGUAGCGUCGGUGCGGACGAGGCGAGCGUCGGAAUCGAAGAAGGCAACAUCGGGUUGGCGGAGGCAAGAUCCCAGCUCAAAGAUGAGGAAACACCGAUGGGUCAGGAGGAUCAGAAGAUCGACGAGGCUCAAAGGGCCUGGUUCUCAGCGCAGAAGACCAGCACGAGGCGACCCGUGGUCCUGUUACAGCAUGGGGUGCUAGCCAGCUCUCUGGACUGGGUACUGACUGGACCGGGCAAGGCACUGGGCUACAAGCUGUCCGACGCCGGCUGGGACGUGUGGCUGGGGAACUUCCGGGGGACCUUCUACUCGCGUCAACACCUCAACCUGACGACGGACGACGCAGACUACUGGGACUACAGCUGGGACGAGCUAGGAAGGUUCGAUCUCGCCGCGAUGGUCGACCACGUGCUGCGGGCCACAGGACGCGAGCAACUCCACUUCGUGGGGCACUCCAUGGGCGCGACCGUCGCCGUGGUGCUGCUGUCGGAGCGGCCCGAGUACAACGCCAAGAUCAAGGCGACGGUGCUGCUGGCGCCCGUGGUGCGGCUGCGCCACAACACCAGCGUGUUCAGGCACUACGCUGCCAUCUGGAGCGCGCUACAGAAGAUGAGCAUCUACUCGGGAAUGCGUGGGUUCCCGCCCGACCCGCCCAUGCUGCACCGCAGGCUGGCGCCCGUCUGCCGGGAGAGGUACAUCGGGCAAGGCAUCUGCGCCAACAUCCUCCACACUGUCGCCGGGUAUGCGGCCAACAUCAACAACACGCUGCUCCCAAUGUUGUUUGGCCACUACCCUUCGCAGACCUCUGUCAGAACUCUGUCGCAUUUUCUUCAGGGUAUGUACACAGGCAACUUCAGCAAGUUCGACUUCGGUGGCAACAACAUGGAGAGGUACCGGCGGGACCACCCACCCGACUACGACGUCGGCAGGAUCACUUCGGCCACCUCCAUCUUCUACGGUGACAGCGACCCGUUCACCAGCAUCGAGGACAUGGCCUGGCUGGAGGGAAGUCUGCCCAACGUGGUGAGCAGCCGCCUCGUGCCGUCUCGAUCCUUCAGCCACCUCAGCUUCCUGUGGGCGGCCGACGUGGACCAGAUGCUGUACGAGCCGCUGCUGAAGCUGCUGAAGCUCCGCUGAAAGGAUGCCGACCACCCCACUCCCCGGCAAACACGGACAAAAGGAGGAGGGGGAACCCCGACAAGACAACAGGGACCACCCCUCUCUCGAGGGGAUAAACGUGAAAACAAAAACGGGACCACCUACUCCGCGUAUGAAUCGACACGAAAGAAAAACUAUUGCCGCUCGACUAUUUCCCAGCUCUGAUAAACAUGGCACGGUUUACACACAGCUAAAGACUACUGCGGUUAAUUUUAUGCCGUAGGUUUCCAGUCCGACGGAAGAAGAGCCAGCAAAUCAGCAUGCGCGCCUGACGUUCAAAGCAAUAACAAAAAAAAAAUGAUUGUGAACUUUUUUUAAAAAAAAAGAUGAGUGGCACACUAGCAAGUUCGAAAAUCACCAGUAAGUCAAUCAUUGAAUUUGUAUUUGUUUUGAAACACCGUGUAGUUAUGUAAUAGUGGUUGCAGAUGUUGGGAAGUUUCGCAGUCAACGCAAAUUACAUCCACGACCUGGAAUUCGAACCCAGAGCCCCUAACCGAAAACUGGUUCGUUGCCAACUAAUCUACGGAGGCUAACUCUUCAGUGAGUUUUAACUACCAAGAAUCGUUCUUACACACAAAGUUUUUUUAAGGGUUUUUUAAGGGCUCUUUCUAAAAUUUUUGUCCGAUACGUCCCUUGAAUUUGUUUUUCUGCCAUAGCAAUUGUCGACAGAGACGUUCACUAACUAUAAUAUAAUGGGUGUAAAAAAGGUCCGCAAUUAAUCGUAAUUAUCAUCACUUACGCGCCUUUUUUACAAACCAUGAUAUUUACACUAAAUAUCUUUUGAAAAUAUCGGUGGUGGAACAAAAAUGAAAAGGAGGUAUCGAGUUAAAAUUUUAUAAAAAGCCUUAAAAUAAAUGAUGACAAAAAAACUGCGUGUGAGAUCGAGACUUAACGGAAUUGUUUAUUUAUUUUCUCCAUAAUUCGUACAAACACGUCAUUAAGCUUACCAAAAUGACAAAAUGUGUGAGCUGAAUUUUCAGGACCGUUCUAACCUACGGUGAGGAGGGGGAGGGAAAGAAACUCAACAACCCCCUUUCUCCCGUAAAUUAACCUGUGGAGUUAAAGUACCUGUCUCUCCCCCACCUUCGUUUACCUUCAUUUUCCCACAUUUACAUUUAUAUUAAAUAAGGAUUUUUUUCCGCAAGAUAAAUAUUGCACGAGACUUCUAUUUUAUCAAUUUCUGUUUUUAAUUGUGAUUACCCGGAAUUUUUUUGUUUGCUUUAGAGAUGUCUACAACGUAUAAUUCAAAAUUUCACUCCGCUAACAACAGUAUUAAAAGAUCUCAACAUACAUAUAUGUCCCCCCUCCCCCCGUCAACGUCAUUGAAUAGUUUGCACGUCCCUCUACAUUUUGCGCUGAUGCGAAUACAAAAGGUCAUUGGGAACAGAAAAAGUAAACAUAAAAUGCACACAAUUUUUUUUGCGCAUGUGUAAACACAUGAAUGUUUAACACUGUUAUUGAAGCAAGUUAAGACAACUUAUAUAUUAAAAGGGAGAAGUAAAAAAAAAACUUUCAGUAUUAUACGAAUAAAAUUCCUCAAACUAUUUGUUUAAAAUAUGCUAUUAAUAUUAUUUAUAAAUUCAGUCAUUACUGAAUAGGUCCAGAAGAAGAAAAUUAGAUAUACUAUACUAUUGAUAGAUCAUUUCAAAUUUGUUUCCAUGGUAUGAAAAAUCGCAUUUGUAUGUUGUUUUGUUUUAAAUGUUGCUGUUAAUAAUAAAGCCUACUUGUAUUGUUAUCAA